ACCCUCUUACGUUUCUUUUCUCUCCCUUUAGAGCUUUUUAGUGUGUUCGCUGCACGCCUCCCUCAGUCCCUCCUUCUUCUCCAUUGAAACGCUUGUGAGCUUUCUAUCCUCCAUUAAAGUUGCUUCUGAGUGGCGUAGGCUUAUUGGGUGGUUUUCCUUUUAGUACAACAAGAAGUAGCAGGAUGUCAGAACGUCUGACACGUAUUGCAAUUGUGAGCUCUGAUCGGUGCAAGCCGAAAAAAUGCCGUCAGGAGUGCAAAAAGAGCUGUCCUGUGGUUAAGACAGGGAAACUAUGUAUUGAGGUUUCUCCAGCAGCAAAGCUCGCAUUUAUAUCUGAGGAGCUGUGCAUUGGGUGUGGUAUUUGUGUCAAGAAAUGUCCCUUUGAAGCAAUUCAGAUCAUCAAUCUUCCAAAAGAUUUGGAAAAGGAUACAACACAUCGUUAUGGCCCCAAUACUUUCAAGCUACACAGGCUACCUGUCCCCAGGCCAGGGCAGGUUCUUGGUUUAGUGGGAACAAAUGGUAUUGGGAAAUCAACUGCUCUCAAAGUUUUAGCUGGCAAAUUGAAGCCCAAUUUGGGAAGGUUCAAUAAUCCACCUGACUGGCAGGAAAUCUUAACAUACUUCCGUGGAUCUGAACUGCAAAAUUAUUUUACACGCAUAUUGGAAGAUAAUUUGAAGGCUAUUAUCAAGCCCCAGUAUGUGGACCAUAUUCCGAAGGCAGUCCAGGGCAAUGUUGGACAGGUGCUUGAGCAGAAAGAUGAGAGAGAUAUGAAGGUUGUACUUUGUGAUGAUCUGGAGCUGAAUAAAGUUCUGGAUCGUAAUGUUGGAGAUCUCUCUGGUGGUGAACUGCAGAGGUUUGCUAUUGCAGUUGUUGCCAUACAGGCUGCUGAGAUCUAUAUGUUUGAUGAGCCUUCAAGUUAUCUGGAUGUGAAACAAAGGCUUAAAGCUGCUCAAGUUGUUAGAUCAUUGCUUAGACCCAAUAGCUAUGUUAUUGUCGUGGAGCAUGAUCUAAGCGUUUUAGACUAUCUUUCAGACUUCAUUUGCUGCUUGUAUGGUAAACCGGGUGCAUAUGGAGUUGUCACCCUACCAUUCUCUGUUAGAGAAGGAAUCAAUAUAUUCUUGGCUGGAUUUGUACCUACAGAAAAUCUUCGUUUUCGGGUUGAGUCUCUUACGUUCAAGGUUGCUGAGACACCUCAAGAUAACGCUGAGGAAGUUGAGACAUAUGCUCGAUACAAAUACCCAACAAUGACAAAAACUCAGGGUGGAUUUAAACUGCGUGUUAUGGAAGGUGAAUUUACUGACUCACAGAUUAUUGUGAUGCUGGGAGAAAAUGGAACGGGGAAGACAACAUUUAUUCGUAUGCUGGCUGGUCUACUGAAGCCUGAUACUGUGGAAGGCUCUGAUGUGGAAAUACCUGAGUUCAAUGUUUCUUACAAGCCCCAGAAGAUCAGUCCAAAAUUCCAACAUAGUGUGAGGAGUCUAUUACAUCAAAAGAUACGGGAUUCAUAUACUCACCCCCAAUUUAUCUCAGAUGUUAUGAAGCCUCUUCAGAUUGAGCAGCUAAUGGAUCAGGAAGUUGUGAAUCUAUCUGGUGGAGAAUUGCAGAGAGUUGCAUUAGCUUUGUGCUUAGGAAAGCCUGCAGAUAUCUAUUUGAUCGAUGAACCGAGUGCGUACCUCGAUUCUGAGCAGCGUAUUGUUGCUUCAAAGGUGAUAAAAAGAUUUAUUCUCCAUGCCAAGAAGACUGCAUUUGUUGUCGAACACGAUUUUAUAAUGGCAACAUAUCUAGCGGACAGAGUGAUUGUGUAUGAAGGAAUGCCAUCUGUGGAUUGUGUUGCAAAUUCUCCCCAAUCAUUGCUGACUGGAAUGAAUCUUUUCUUGUCUCAUCUGGAUAUCACAUUCAGAAGGGAUCCAACUAAUUUUCGACCUAGGAUUAACAAGCUAGAGUCCACUAAGGACAGGGAGCAGAAAUCUGCAGGAACUUAUUAUUACCUGGAUGAUUGAUUUGGCUCUCACACAGGAAUUUUUGCCAGCAAUCUCAAGAAGAAGUUGCAGCAUUUGAUCUGUUGCUGGCUAUUGUUAUUUUGGAGCUGAGGGUGAUGGUGAUAGUUUGAAUUUUGGGGUGAUCGAGGGUGGCCUUCAGAUUUUCCUCCUCGCAUACUGAUUUAUUUGUUUCCGUGAUCUGUUACUGUUAUUUCAUUAGUGUUAGAUCUCUUCUGUUGUGAUAAAAUUUUGCACCAUGUUUGGGCUAGAUAAAGAUUUUAGCUUUAGCGCGAGUGAAUUUUGCCUUGGCCAAUUUUGGCAUUGGUUUGAAUCAGGAUGAUGAUUUGUCUUUGAGGGCGUUUGAUUAUACUGAAGUGAUACAAAUCAAUAAUGUUUUCUUGAUAAAAUCUAAUAGUGCGUGUUAUUUUUUGUGCAAA